AUUGUAUCUCCAAAACUCCUUCCAACCCGCCGCCACUCGUCGAGUCAUCCUCAGCUCAUCUCUCUCACCACCGCACCAUCCCAAGCCCCCACCGCCCGAAAUCAAUCCCCUCACCAUUCAAUUCUUCUUCUCUACUUUUCGCCGCCAUUGUCAACCCUCCACCCCAUCGACUGAAAGAAAAACACAUCAUUCCGUCAAUUAAUGUUUUCAGAUUCACCGACUUCGCCGCCGCCUCCGUCGCUUCUAGAACGAGCUGAGCUCGAGCUCGUCUACAGCCUGAUUUGAUGGCUUUUGAGCUCUCUGUGUUUGUUGAUUAGCUCAAAUGAGGGCAAUUUGGGGCUGCAGCAAACGAUGGGAACAAGGGUUCAUUUGAGGUAAUCUUCGAGAAUUCGAUAUAUGUGUUAUUGCUCCGAAUCUGUUUAGGUAAAUUUUGAGUUGAUUAUGAUUCAGAGGUUUUGAUUUUGAAGAUGGAUAGACUCAGUGAGUUGCCGGACUCUGUUAUAUUUCACAUAUUUUGGUUCUUGCCUAUGAGGGAAGUUGUUAGGACAACGAUACUAUCGAGGCGCUGGAAAGACCUCUGGACCACCACCCCUUUCCUUUAUUUUGAUGAUUUUAUUGAGCAGUUUGAUACUAGGGAUAAACUUCGAAUCUUCGUUCAUCGGGUUUUAUCACGCUGGGAUGGGGUAAAGAUUUUGAAAUUCAAGGUUGAAUUGGAUCAUGAGGAAUCAAUACAUAGGGAUGUUGAUCUGUGGUUGCGUUUUGCCAAGAAAUAUGGAGUCGAAGAAUUAUACUUGCAUAUGGUGAUAGAAGAUCGUGAAUCAUGUCUUUGUAAUGAUGACGAUAUACGUUGGUUGCCACAGUUUCUGUACUCCUGCUCAUCGCUUAAAGUGUUAUCGAUCGAGAAUUGUUACUUUAGAUUUAAGGGGAAUGUGCAUUGGAAUCAUCUCAAGAGUUUAACAAUUAUCAAUGGUUUUGGGGUCACUGAAGACGUGAUUAAUCAAAUUUUCUGCGGUAGCCCUCAGUUGGAAGUCUUGAUCAUGACUUUUAUAGAUAGUCGUUUUGAAAAUUUUUCUAUCCGAUCAACUAGUUUGAAAAAGCUGUCAAUUAACAAGCAUUUUUAUGAUGACUACGAGGAUCCAUCUCCUUAUACGACGGAGCUGAGAAUUUGGACUCCAAAUCUUAAAACCUUAGAAAUGAAAGGAAUUCCUUAUGGCAAGUGUUUAUUGAUGAAUGUCUCAUCUUUAAACCAUGCAACUCUUGGGUAUCCUAAUCUACAUCAUUUGGAUGAAAGAUGCUUUAACGACCCCUCUGAGUACAAUAGCUCUUUACUACCAACAAACCAAUUUCUUGGAUAUUUAUUUGGUCAAAUUCUGCCAAGCAUCCAACAUGUUGAAAACAUCACAUUAUCAUCCUGUUGCGUCAAGGUUCUCGAUAUUAUGAAAAUGAAACAUAUGCAUUCAUCUUUUCCUAAUAUCAAAUCCUUGGAUCUUAGAUGUUGUUUGUAUGACUACAAACAAAUAGUAGGAAUUCUUGAGAUUUUCCCUCAGCUGGAAAGAUUAGUUCUUAAAUACAACAAAGUAGACCGACGCCGAGUUACUAAUGACCAAGUUACCUCUGACAAAGAGUCACUCAAGUUUGAAGUGAAUAACCCUGAGUCCUUUCUUCUCAAGUUGAGGACAGUGGAGGUUACUUGGGCUGAAGGCGAUGGUGUAUUUUCAUUGAUUGAGAUUUUGUUAAAAUAUGCGACCAAGCUAGAAAAGAUUGGGUUCCAGGUAGAAAUAAAGUCACCAAAUUCUUUGUUGUCGGUAUCACAGAAACUGCUGAGAAUGCGAGGAUUCUCGAUUAACUGCACCAUAGAUCUCACAACUUGCAAUGACGGCAGUAUGCUCGAGGCUUGGGAGCUCGAUCUUCCUUAUUUUAGGUGUGAGUGCGUAACUGUCCUGUUUUAACUUUUGCUUCCUUGUUUGUUUUGUUGCUUUCAGGGACUAUAUGUGCUUAUAUAAUCUGACACUUUUGGAUUAAGCUGAUGCUCUUUUGAUAUGCAGCACACUUGUUAACUUCUUAUUGUUGUGAAAGAAACUACUGAUGAAACUUAGAUUGUUAUUUGUCUUA